UCGUUAUAAAAGUCUAUGGUUAGAGACAACAAUUUGCAGAGACAGCCAUGGCCGCAUCAUCUAAUGAUUUUAGUAUCUCAAACACUACAGUCGCGAAUCAAUUUACAGAAGAAGAUUCAUACCCUCAAGACUUGAGAGAAUCCAUCAUUUCCCUGCCCAAACAAAAAGGUUGGCUCACUCCUAAUAUCUACAACUACAAAGGUGUUUGGCUUGGUUCCUUUCAUUUGCACGGUGCUCUUAGAUCCCAACAACAUUUCCAGGCUCAAGAUUCUGAUAUUAUGCUUUGUACCCUCAAAAAAUCAGGCACAACCUGGCUCAAAGCCCUGUUAUUUGCCCUGAUCACUCGAAAACAGUUCCUUGUAUCACAAGAAAUCCACCCAUUACUCACAACAAAUCCUCAUACACUAAUUCCAGGCAUGGAAUAUGAGUAUGCAUCAGAAGAAACCCCCGAUUUCGCUAUGAGUAAUGGGCGGAGGCUAUUGUCUACCCAUUUACCACAAAGCUUGUUGCCUAAAUCGGUGUGGGAAUCGAAAUGCAAGGUGGUUUAUCUGUGCAGGAACCAAAAGGACACGAUUGUGUCGUUUUGGCACUUCAUGAAUAAGUUGAGGGGUGACGUUCAAGGCCUGGGAGAUAUACCGUUCCCCGAGGCAUUCGAUAGGUAUUGCAGGGGAGAAAGUCUGUAUGGGCCUUUCUGGGAUCAUUUGUUGGGGUACUGGAAAGAGAGCUUGGAGAAUCCUAGGAAGGUGUUGUUCUUGAAGUACGAGGAGAUUAAGGAUAGGCCUCAUGUUCAUUUGAAGCGGAUAGCGGCGUUCUUGGAUUGUCCAUUUUCUGAGGAAGAAGAGUGUGGUGUAGUGGAUGGAAUCUUGAGGCUUUGUAGCUUUGAAAGGUUGAGCAAUUUGGAGGUUAAUAAGACUGGAAAGACCGUUUUUAUGCAAGCUGGGAAUAAUUUGUUUUUCAGGAAAGGUAAGGUGGGAGAUUGGAGGAACUAUCUAACGGAUGAAAUGGCCAGCAGGCUUGAUCAAAUUGUUGAUGAAAAAUUCAAAGGGACAGGUCUCAAGUUGUGAUGAUCAGAUCACAAUUAAUAAGUCUCUCUUCUAAGAACAUAUAUUAUUGUGCUCCAUCUAGCUAGUUUAAUUUUCUUCUUGCUGCAAAUGCGAAUCUGAUGAUCAAGUACAUGGAUAGGAUCAGAGAACAUGUUGUGAGUGUGGUUUAAUUUGAUAAUGGUUCAAUUCUGUACGAUGCCCUAGUGGGAUUCAUGUUUAGUUUUAUGUUUAAUGUUUAAUAUUUUGUUGUUUAAUUUGUUGGAAA